UAACAGCACUCGUACAUUACUAUCCAAAAACUCUCUCAAAAAUCACUCGAUUCAAAUCUCCUCUUCUUAGGGUUUCCAAGACACCAAUCGCCGCCCCGGGAAAAUGAGUUCCAACGCCGCAGCCACCACCAAGGGGGGAAGAGGCAAGCCAAAGGCUUCCAAAUCCGUCUCCCGCUCGUCGAAAGCCGGUCUCCAGUUUCCCGUUGGCAGAAUCGCGCGUUUUCUCAAGGCUGGUAAAUACGCGGAGCGUGUCGGCGCCGGCGCCCCUGUCUAUCUCUCCGCCGUCCUUGAGUACCUCGCCGCCGAGGUGUUGGAGCUUGCUGGAAAUGCUGCUAGAGACAACAAGAAGAACAGGAUUGUUCCUCGUCACAUACAGCUGGCAGUGCGGAACGAUGAAGAGUUGAGUAAGCUGUUGGGCCAUGUGACAAUAGCUAAUGGAGGCGUUUUGCCAAAUAUUCAUCAGACUCUGUUGCCGAAAAAAGCUGGUGGAAGGGACAAGGAGAUUGGCUCUGCGUCGCAGGAAUUCUAGGGGUUUUUGUUGUGAAUUAAAUGGUUUUGAUGGUUAUGGUGAAAGGGUCUGGAUCGUGGAAUUGCUGGUCCAUAUACAACCCUAAUUUUGGUUUGGUUGGAAUAUAUAUACGUGUUUUAUGAACGAGAUAUCCAAUUAAUUCUAUCAUUUCUC